GAGGCUGCUCCGGGUGCAGCGGCGGCGGCGGCGGCGGCAGGCGCGGGCCUCGGCCCGCCUGCCGAGGCGGCGGCGUCUUCCCUGGGGUUCCCUCUGGUCGCGCUGGGGGCGGCGGGGGCGGCGGCGGGCCCCCUGGAGGCGGUGCGCGCCGCGCUGCCCGUCGGCGGGCUGGCGGCCCUGGCCUCCUUCGAGGCGUGUCAGGGCGUGCGUGUGGCCGCCGACGACGCCGUGCUCCGCGCGCAGCCUCCGCCCUCGGAGGCGAUGCGCGAGGAGGUCCAGCGCAUGCUGGACCUGGCGCGGGCGGCCGCGGCGCGCUCCCUCGGCGUCCUCGGCCUCGCGUUCGCG